AAACCGCAAUCCUUCCACUCACUCACUCUUUUCAACGAGUGCGCAACUCUCUCUUCUGCUGCUCCGGUGGCCGCGCCAGUUCUAUCGGAGGCGCCAUGUUGGUCAAGGCGGUCACCCUCUAUUGAAAACCCUCGUCGAGAAUUGCGAUGACAGGUUCCAUCACACCUUCGCCGCCAACAACCAACUCAUUGAAAAAGCUGAAGCUUGUGUUACUGUCGUGGCAGGAACGGUUCAAAUCUGAGCUUUCGAUGCGGCAUGUGGCCAAUCUAUAUUUGAUCAUCAAGGAUAGUCAAAGUCAAAGGGGGUUGGAGAAUGCUCUUUAUGUUGCUCCCAGCAAAGCAGAAAAGGAAGAUGCGAAAAAGAAGGAGGAGGAGGCAAGGGAGAAGGAGCGGGAGAGGCUGUGGAGUGAAGAGGAUAAGCGAAAGCGAAAGAAGGUGAAGACAAGGAGGCAGCCUUCAAUCUUGAGCAGGAGAAACCGGAGGUGCUUGCAAGCAUCGCAGGCAUCAAGUAACCUUGUUAACGCGAUCAUACUCGUCAAUCCGGAGAAAGAAAGUUUAUUAACAAAUGAACGAGUUCAGCACUGUCUGGAAAUUGCUAAACAGGUGAGGAAGGCUAUCGUUCGCUACGUCCAGCCCGUUGAGAACGAAGAAGUGCCAAUCGGAUUCCUUAUCGAAACCAACGACCGCAUUAUAACUGUGUUGGAAAUGUACGAUCAAGCUCAAGCUGCACUUCAGGACAAGGCGGACACCAAAGAUAUUACCUCAGGUUAGCAGGCACACGUUUGGGAGGAUCGCUCACUAGGUUGCAAGGACAACGGGCGGAGGUAAAGAAGGCCAAGCAGACGCAUACCCCGCCGUUCGAGGCGCAUCCGGAUUUGCAGGAAUUAGAUUUCGUUAUGCAACGUUUUCAUCUUUGAAAAAUUACUCGUGUUGUUUUAAAGAAAUUGCCCCAAUGUCUAGCUGGUUUCUUGUUGUACUUGGC